AUGCAGAGCAGAGGUGCAGAUUUUGAGAGCUGUAUCCUGGGCCUGGUCUGUGCCCUCCCGGUGCACCCGGAGGUCUGUGAUCGUGGGUGUCAUCCAACGACAACACAGCAGCGCCACCUGCAGUUCAGUCACGUCCUGGAGUUGCAGAACAAGUCCAUCGCCCCAUGGACUCUCAAGCCAAGUCACUUCGACAAACACAUCCAGGAGGCGUACUGUCACGAGUGUCUGGAUCCCUGUCUGAAGUCUGAGGCCAUCCAGGUCCAAGUGUACUUUACCCAGCCUAAGAGGAACCUCACCACCGGCUCCGUCACCUACUGCCUAUGCACCUACAAGCUAGCUGUGGGCUGCACCUGUGUCCGCAGGAGCGCCGCGGAAAUGUCAUCCAGAAGUUGUACCUUCAGGUCUCAAGAGUCGAGUUAG